ACUUCAUCUAAUGAAUUUCCAUUUGUGCAUAAGAAUAUAACAGAUUGAUUUGAAACAUUUCAGGCAACCUCAUUGCGGUUAUAUUUGACUUGUAUAAGGAACACUCUCGAGGCUGCAAUGUGUCUGCAGAAUUUCCCAUGCCAAGAAGUUGAAAGGCAUAACAAACCCGAGGUGGAGUUGAAGACAAGCCCAGAACUGCUGCUAAAACCUAUUCUGAUUUGUCGGAAUGAGGCUGAGAAAUGCUUAAUUGAGACUUCCAUAAAUUCACUGCGGAUAAGCCUUAAGGUGAAGCAAGCAGAUGAACUAGAAAACAUACUUGCUAAAAAGUUUCUUAGAUUCCUGUCAAUGCGGGCAGAAGCAUUUCAGGUCCUGAGGAGAAAGCCAGUGCAGGGCUAUGAUAUCAGCUUUCUCAUAACAAACUACCACUGUGAGGACAUGCGGAAGCAAAAGCUCAUAGAUUUCAUUGUGCAAUUCAUGGAGGAUAUAGAUAAGGAGAUUAGUGAACUGAAGUUGUCGGUGAAUACUCGGGGAAGGCUUGUGGCAACGGAGUUCCUUAAACAAUUCAUUUGAAGAGAGUUUGAAACUUAUUGUAAUCAAAUUUGUAAUUCUGAAUUUAGAUGACUGAAUUGUAGAUAGAUAAUUUCCAAAUGAUGUCUUAGUGUUAGUAUGUCAUUUAUGGCUUCUCCAGUUUUACAAUCAUAAUGAAAGACUCAAUGGUGUUGCCACUUGUCUGAUAAAGUUUUAAUUGUGUGUUGAAACGUAGUGAUGGAUUGUUUUCGUUUCAACGACUUUGCUCGGAAUAUUGGGUAUUUGUGUGGAAUUACAAACUAGUGUGAGU